AGAAGAGGUGGGCGUCCAGUCCGUCGAUGGUGAGAUUUUCUUCUUCGAGUCGCUCGUCUCGAUGUUUCUCCCCGCUUUACAGAACGACAUGCCUCAUUUUAAGCCCACUCGGGACCGACUGUACACUACGAGGUGUUGCGGAUGUUGUCACGUCAGGACGGGGACCAUCAUCCUCGGGACGUGGUACAUGGUUGUCAACCUAUUGAUGGGCAUCCUGCUGACAGUGGCUGUGACCCACCCAGAGAAUGUGCCCACUAUUGAUCUGCAAUAUGAAGUCAUUGAUCAUUACUUUGCUUCGGACAGGAUGUCUGAAAAUGCCUGUGUUGGAUUUGCCAUCUCUUUGCUGAUGCUGACCAUCAGUGCCAUGAUGGUGUAUGGAGCCAUUACUCAUCGUGAUGGCUGGCUCAUCCCAUUCUUCUGUUACCAGCUGUUUGACUUUGCUUUAAGCUGUCUGGUGGCCAUCAGCUCCCUCACCUACCUCCCCAGGAUUAAGGACUACCUUGACCAGUUGCCGGAUUUCCCCUACAAGGAUAACCUCCUGUCUCUGGAUUCCAGCUUCCUGUUGCUCUUUGUGCUCGUCUUCUUUGCCUUCCUCAUCACCCUUAAGGCUUACCUGAUCAACUGUGUGUGGAACUGCUACAAGUACAUCAACAACAGGAACAUGCCAGAGAUUGCUGUUUAUCCUGCCUUUGAGGCCCCUCCCCAGUACAUCCUGCCCACCUAUGAGAUGGCAAUGAAGAUGCCAGAGAAGGAGCCCCCUCCCCCCUACAUGCCUGCCUGAAGCACCCAUCCCCGUUGCCAAAACACACACACAAAGACCAUCAUAUGCACUCCUACACUCCCACAACAACAGUUGUAAAAUCCUUCUACCCCAUAGUGUAUGUGUAUGGCCACUCACAACUUCUAGGACGACCCUGCCCCAUACAUUUCUAUCAAGGGUCAUCUCAAAGAAAACAUCCUAAACCCAACCUUACACCCUGUAGGUAUGUGAGAGGCGAGACAGACUGACUGAGGGACAGAUUGAGUACUCUGUAAAAUAAGUGACUGUGAUGUUUAAAAUGCAGUGAGAGAUCCUCCCUAUGUCUUUUUUAUGUCUUAGUAAAAGGGAUACUUGUUAAAAACCAGUUGCUUAAAAUGCCAUCAUCAAUUCUGCACCAUCCUAUCCUUAGAUUGACAUGAAGUAUAAAAGAAAAAAAACAUGACAAUCCUCUUAUAUAAUGCAUAUUGUUAAAUUGUCUUUUUUUUCCCUAAUUAUUAAUAUGUAAUUUGAUUCCAUCUAGGGUGGGUGGAGAAGUUUGUAGCACUUUUGGUUUUGUUAUUUAUUGAGCAUUGCCGUGGGUCAGUACAUCACCCAGUGUGUCACGGUUCCUGCCAAUCUCUGGUCCAUUUGUGGUCAUGCCUUGUGUUAGCAGAGUUAGUGAAUAGCUUUCUUGCUGAAAGGUGACAUUAAAAGAGGAAGAGAGCAAUGACAAAAUGGCUCUCUAUUGCUGUCUCAGUUUGGGAUUUGGAGCAAACGGUUCAUCUUGUGAACAUUGGUAGUUGCAUGCUACUUUUUUCUUUCACCUUUCUUUUACUUUUCAUAACACAUUUUGAUCCUAGUGUAAAACAUUGGCUUCAAUAAACGUUUCAAAAGAUUUGUAUCCAU